AUCGUGUAGCUUUCUUCUCUACUUCCCUUGCUACUGUAUUGAAUAGCUUUCUACAUGUGGACCUGCCACCAGUCUUCAAUACAAGAAACAGCUCUAUAACUGUCUUUUUUCGCAAGAAUAACAGAUAUUCGAAGUCUGAAUCGGCACCUCGUGUUGGACUUGAGUGUUAGCUUCCCGUUGCAGGUUAGCUUAGCCGUUGGUUAGCAGCUGCACAUUGUUUACUUCCAGUGAUAUCUGAGUGGCGUUACCCCUCAGCAGGAGAAAAGGCAGCUAUCUCAGCUGAGUCUCUGUGGCUGAUAAUGGAUGACUUGGAAAAAGAGCUCAGGCCUCUCGACGACUUAGAGGAUUCCUCUGAUGACAACUCUUCAAUAGGAAUUAAGAAGUCAAAGCUCCCUCUGGUUAAUCCCAUUUGUGAAGAGACACUGAAGGAAACCGGGUUUCACCGGAGUACGCGAGGCUGUCUGGAGCAGAUCAGAGACGCCCUGCUGCAUCAUAGAUGGCAAGAGGCAGCGGAGUACAUGGCGUGUUACCCGCAAAUGUUAGAGAACACGACCCACAGCGCAGUUCAGCAGUCUAAAGAGCUUAUUUGGAGAAUCAGCACUGAGAUCCUUCACCAUCACCCAAACUCAAGGCUGGAAGACUACAACAACAUCUAUGAACGAAUGAAACACUCUGGAGUUAAACAUUACCUGAUGAUCUGUCUGGAACAUUCAUUCCACCUGAUGCUCAACGGCCACAUCGAGGAUGCAAAGCAUCAGCUGUCUGUUGCUGAGAGUUGGAGGCAUGGGAAGGAGUCAGCAGCUCAGUAUCAGAACACUAAACUGAUCCAGGCCUACAGGAGUUUACUGGAUUACAUCAUCUGGUGUGACAAAAAGUUCACACACUCCAAAACUGAUCAUCAUGACACUGGUGACAACCAAGACAUGCACAGCUACUUCAGACAGGCCUCCGUGAAUCUAAAGGAGAUUUUGAAAAAUCCUGGAGUCUGGGAUCCCUUCAUACUGAGUUAUGUUGAGAUGCUGGAGUUCUACGAGGAUCACGAGGAGGCUUUAAAAGUCCUGAAUGAUUAUGCUUAUGAUGACACUUUCCCACCCAAUCCCAACGCACAUGUCUACCUGUACCAGUACUUAAAGCGGCAUAAUGCUACAGACAAGAAGCUGAUUAAAGUACUGAAGGUCCUUCAUGUGUUGGUCCCAAGCCAUGAGCUGAUGUUGGAGUACAGCUCUCUCCUGCUUCAGUCAGAGAAAAAAAGUGACCACCAGAAAGCAUUAGGAGUCAUUCUUGAAAUGCUGGACUUUGCCUGCUGGAGAGGCAACCUGGACGUGUGGAAGAGAUUAAAAGCCAUUAUUCAGAAAUUACAGUUACAAGAGGACUGGAAGGAUGUUGUCUCUGAAAAAAUGGCUGCAAGAAAAGACUGGUGGCCUGCGCUGCACUUCACAAGAUUCCACGCCAGUAAAGACUCUGAGGAGAACCCGGAGCUCAAGGAAGUGAAGGCAUCACUGACAAAAAUCCUUUGCCCAGACCUCACGCUGAAGUACUCAGCUGGAUAGAAAACCAGUGGAGAAGGAACUUCUUUAGAGAACAACUCAGAACAUCAACAUCACAUUGUGUCUUACAAUGAAGAGAUUCUGCUGAGAUUCCGCCAGGAAUCAACCGACGGUGGCGUUGCGAUGAGGAUCUCUAUAGAGUUUUUAAUAAUGCACUUUAUACAUAAAGCUGUAUGUGUUGCCAUGGUCAAACUUGAAGCUCCAUAUUUUUUUUUUUACUUUAUCACAAAUCGUUCCUUCAUGUUUGGUAAGUUGCAUCCUGAGUUUUAUCACAGAUGCACAGACUGGAUGGUCCACCAUGUGGCGCUGUUGUUCUGUAGUUAGUUCAGUGGCGUUCAGUCUGGAGGCCACGACCACUUAAGUGUGGCUCUGAAUGUUUAUGCCGGUUUCAUGGUUUCGCUAAACAAAUUUAAUGGAAGCCGAGUCAGCUGAUCUUUGACUGCGUUUUUAAGGCCACAAAUGAGUGUACACAACACACGACCCGAGGGUUUUUCUUUCUGUCGAGUCUGAUGUCACGUGAGAAAAAAAAAUGAACGCAAAUGAACGCUUUAAGCAGCGUGAUGAGCAGAAGUGGGACCGAGCACUGACAGGUGGUCUUGGCUGUUAUCUUUGAAAUGGUGAGAUGUUUUCUCGAGUAUUCGUGCUUUCCCUCGGAAUCUGAGAGACGCCUGCAUUAAAAGAUCACAAUUUCUGCAGUUUAUUGUGCUAAAAUUUUUCCACACAGUUUAAAUCUAUCACUGUCGAGUUCGAACAUUUCAGUGUGCCUUUUACCUUGUAUAAUUUGAUGCCAUCUAUCUAUUCCUGUUCUGUGAAAGAUAAAAAAAAAAUUUCGUGCUAAAAAUGUUUCACGAUGUUGACCCUCCAACGCUGAGCUUACUCUCCUCCAGACUGAACCAUGAAAUAAAGCCUUGCAUCCAGCAGCAUGCCAAUUUAAUAAGUGAAA